UAGGCGACGCACGCGACACGCGUCAGCGGAAUGGAGGGGAACUGAGCCGAAAGUUUCCGGGGUUACGUUGUACGCCAGCAAACGUGUCUCGUCAGUUUCUAGCAGCCACACGGCUUUCGCACGCAAUUGACACCAGUUCGAACCGAUUGAAAUACGCGUCGCGUUGUUGACUGCUGAGCUAUAAUACAAUCGCCCAAAAAAAUGGCACCCAAACAGAGAAUGCGCAUCGCGAACGAAAAGGCGACGAAGAACAUCACGUUACGGGGGAACGUUCCCAAGUCAUCGAAAGCUACAGAGGAUGCAUCGCCUGUCGGUCCUUGGCUGCUAGCUCUAUUCAUAUUUGUCGUAUGUGGAUCAGCUAUCUUCCAAAUAAUCCAGAGCAUCCGAUUAGCAUAAGUUUUUAUGAUGGAGCAGCAGCACUCCAAGGAACGCAUGCCCAAGAGACUUGUUAAGCGAAAGACUUCCACAUCUGUCCAAACUCUGUAUUGAGAAUGACUGACGUUCCGAAACACAAACAAUACUUCAGGUAGAGUUACAGCCUAAGAUAAUCAACAUACAAUAUAACAUCGUGUAUCUAUCUGUGGGAAACUUUCAUUGACUCUCAUUUAUCUCCCCUAUGGCAAACUCUACCAUCGAAAUUAAUCAAUUACUCUACAUAUUGAUCGGAUUUUAUUUAUACAUAUUUGAAAAUUAAACUAUAAAGAAAUAAA